AUGAACGGCGAUUUGAGUAAGAUCCCGACGAGCAAUGACUUGCGAGAAGACGUUGACAAGUUCGUGAAAGACAUGAUGAUGGGAACGACGAAAAUGCCGAUGCACAUGGACAUGCACUACAUGUGGAUGUGGUUUCACACAAAAGUCCAAGACACUGUUCUUUUUUCUUCCUGGAACGUCACCACUCCAGGAGGUAUGCUUUGUUCCGAGUUUUUUAAGCCGGAAACGAAAAUUUAGAAAAUGUGAAUAUGAAUAUUUGGAAAUCAAAAUUGCAAAUUAACAGAACAUAAUCGUUUCCAACUGUGUCGUUCAAGUUGUUCUCCAAGACCAAGUAUUUUCACUUUUUGCUUGGUUUUUGAGAAUUUGCUCAGACAGCUUUUGAUCCAAAUAUACCGGAUUUUUCAAUCUACAAAAUUUUUUAUUCUCGAGAAAAAAAACCAUAGCAUCGGUUUAAUUAACAAGAAGCUUAUGCGCAGAUUUGAUCAGAACCAAAAAAAAAUUUUGACGGGUUGGUUCAAGGGAAAAGUAUUUUGGCCAACUUUCAGGGAAACUGAAUGGCUUCCGGACAAUUUUUUUAUUGAAUUUUCAUCUUGAGGAACUGAAUCAGAGUAUCUUUGUGUUAUGUGGAGAGUAUUAAAAAGCAGACAGAACUUUGAAAAGAGCAAAAAAAGACAACUAUUACUCAAAAUUUAUCCGCUUUCAGCGAUGGUGUGGACUUGCGCGAUCGUCAUUGCUAUGGGAAUCUUCUACGAGUUUCUGAAGUACCUCCGAUGGGUCCUGCAGCAGAAGUACAAGCCUCUCACUUCGCGCAAAACCAAGUACGCAACGGUGGUUUUGGUUGAAGAUAUGUGAGUCUAGGACAACUUGAGGCGAAAAUAUCUUUUCUCAUCUCUUAUGACCUCACCGAGCUUUUAGCAUACAUAACAUUAGACUGUAUAUCCUUUACUCUUACGGAAACUGUACUAGCUCAAUUCCAGUUAUGCGCAACGCCUUUUCUCUGUUGAAAACUUCCUGCAGACCAUCCUUUUCGGGGUUCAAAUAGCCCUCGGAUACCUUCUCAUGCUGAUUUUCAUGACAUUUUCGGUGAAUUUCUUUUUUCUCAUUGUCUCAAAAUUACCUUUGUUUAGGUAUGGCUUGGCAUCGCAGUUUGCCUUGGUGCAUCGAUUGGAUAUUUCCUUUUCGGGUCCAGACUUGCCACUCACUGAAAUACAUCUCCUUUAUCUUUUAUUUUUCAAAUCUGUUAUUUAUUGAAUAUAUUCUCAAUGAACGUUUAAAGUUUUGCUGUUAUCGUUUCGUUUUUCUUCUGUUCAAAUCAGUGCGUAAAUACUCCUAACGCUUCAUUAAUUUCUAUACUUUUCAAGCUCUAGUUCGUUUGAAAUUACUAGAAAGAUUAUUUUCCUUACCAAAAAUGACACUGUAACUGGCUUUCCUUCUGAUAUUCUUGUUUAAUAAGGACUUUCAGUAAAGCUUUUCCGAAAGAUUUUAUUUUGAUUCAGGUUUCAAAAUGAUGCUCAUGUUCUUUCAUUUCCGAGUCAAGGACUACAUAUUAUUCGAGCAGUGGGCGCCCACCACAAUCCUCGGUUUUUUUUACUUAAUUUAUUUAUAUUCUAUAAAACUAUGUUGCAGCAUAUGUGUUUUCUUGCCUGGGAGUCGCCGCCAUUGCAUUUUCCUACGAAUGGAUCAAAUUCGGUCGCUCGAAGCUGGUUGUUUCCAACAGUCGUGCCCUCAAUAAAGUGAAAAAUAAAUACAUUCCGUUUGCAUAUACUGAAACUCUGUGGCCGCAUGUGGAAUGGUUCGAAGCGGUGUAUGAUUAGUUUUCUCUCCUUUUCCCGCGUAGCGUGCGCGUACGCGGUUUUUGGCACGAGUUCAAGUCAACCCGCAACGACUAUUUGAAGAGCUUUUUUAUCGCUCUUUUUAUAUUUUUGCAAAUUCUUCAUUGAUUUUUAAUUCAUGCAUUAAGAACUAGUAGAAAAGAUACAAAAAGAGCGUUGACGAAGCUUUAAAAAAAAAGCGUUUGAAUUGAACUAGUGAAAGAACCGCCCACUUCUCCGCCUCCCCCGCCUUUCAAUUCGGGAAGGAAUGACUCGAUCGUUUUUUAACAACCGCUUCGCAACCGUCACGCGUCGGGCUAUUCCACUUUCCACCAUGAGCUUCCCUUCUGAGGCGAUUUUAUUAGUAUGCAUGAUCAAUAUUCAGGAAUCUUGCUGCGAGCCGCACUGGGAUAGUCAAGAAAUUGGCUCGUACUCAUCUUCAGCGCCAAACUUGCUCCCGUAAUCAUUUUUUUCUGAUACAGUCUAUUAGCAUGUUUCCAAGGUUCACUAGCCACUCGAUCACGACGCCUAAGCACUUGAUCUCUUGCGUCAUCUUUUUUGUGCAACUGUUUGUUGACUACUCCUUGAUGAUGGUCAGCAUGACAUAUAACGUCCCUAUUUUCUUAUCUUUGGUCGCAGGUGAGGCAUUUUUUCCUUGGUUAUUUUUUUCUUUCAUAAAUUUCUAUUCCGCCAUGAUUAUUCUUUUCAUUUUUUCAGGUCAUAUCGUGGCGUUUUUCUUCAUCGGACCUCUGACUACGGUUGAACAAGCAGAAGCGGUCGAAGGCUGUUGCAAUUAA